AUGCAAAAACUGCAAAUCUAUGUUUAUAUUUACCUGUUUAUGCUGAUCGUGGCUGGCCCAGUGGAUCUAAAUGAAAACAGUGAGCAAAAAGAAAAUGUGGAAAAAGACGGGCUGUGUAAUGCAUGCACUUGGAGACAAAACAGUAAAUAUUCAAGAAUAGAAGCCAUAAAGAUUCAAAUCCUCAGUAAACUUCGCCUGGAAACAGCUCCUAACAUCAGCAAAGAUGCUAUAAGACAACUUUUACCCAAAGCUCCUCCACUCCGGGAACUGAUUGAUCAGUACGACGUUCAGAGGGAUGACAGCAGUGAUGGCUCUUUGGAAGAUGACGAUUAUCACGCUACGACGGAAACAAUCAUUACUAUGCCUACCGAGUCUGAUUUUCUAAUGCAAGUGGAAGGAAAACCCAAAUGUUGCUUCUUUAAAUUUAGCUCUAAAAUACAAUACAAUAAAGUAGUAAAGGCACAACUAUGGAUAUAUCUGAGACCCGUGAAGACUCCUACAACAGUGUUUGUGCAAAUCCUGAGGCUCAUCAAACCUAUGAAAGACGGUACAAGGUAUACUGGAAUCCGAUCUCUGAAACUUGACAUGAACCCAGGCACUGGUAUUUGGCAGAGCAUUGAUGUGAAGACAGUGUUGCAAAAUUGGCUCAAACAACCUGAAUCCAACUUAGGCAUUGAAAUCAAAGCUUUAGAUGAGAAUGGUCAUGAUCUUGCUGUAACCUUCCCAGGACCAGGAGAAGAUGGGCUGAAUCCCUUUUUAGAGGUCAAGGUAACGGACACACCAAAAAGAUCCAGAAGAGAUUUUGGUCUUGACUGUGAUGAGCACUCAACAGAAUCACGAUGCUGUCGCUACCCUCUAACUGUGGAUUUUGAAGCUUUUGGAUGGGAUUGGAUUAUUGCGCCCAAGAGAUACAAGGCCAAUUACUGCUCUGGAGAGUGUGAAUUUGUGUUUUUACAAAAGUAUCCUCAUACUCAUCUUGUACACCAAGCAAACCCCAGAGGUUCAGCAGGUCCUUGCUGUACUCCCACAAAGAUGUCUCCAAUUAAUAUGCUAUAUUUUAAUGGCAAAGAACAAAUAAUAUAUGGGAAAAUUCCAGCCAUGGUAGUAGACCGCUGUGGGUGCUCAUGA